AUGUAUUUGAUAAUCUUCGCAGAAAAUGAUCACUAUGAAGUAGAAAUUAAUGAUCUAAAUUAUUUACAUGGAAAUGAUGCGAAAUAUGAUUUUAGUUCAGCAAUAUUAUAUAAAAACGGGCAUUUUACAAGUAUCAUUAAGGAUCCUAAGAUUAAUAAAGGUGGAGAAUUUUAUUUCUUAAACGGAUUAUAUUAUCAUGAUGGAAUGAUGUUUGAAGGGAAAAUUAUGAAGCUAGAUGAUUCAAUAAAGAGUCAGAUUACUGAAGAAAAACCCAUAUAUUUUAAUUUAUAA